AGUAUUGAUGGCGCGGGAGGAGAUUCCAAAACGAAGAUGGUCUCAGCAGAGUGACUCUCGUUCUCUCUCUCUCUCUCUCAUACACACACAGUCACACUCACUCCGUCUCUCAUGCAGGUGCUAGAUAUGAGGACAGUCAGAGCGGUAAACUCCCAGAAACAACUCUACACUCUUCUUUGGAAGCACAAUCUGUCAUCAGAUCCUCAUAUUUCCUUUCCACGUAGUUCAUGUCAAAAGCUUAAAGUUGCCCGCCUUUUUUGCCACGCUGAUCGACUCACUUUACACUCCACCCGCCGCUGUUUAAGCAGAACAUUCGCCACUACCACCACUGGCGAUUCAAAGGAAUGGAGCGGCCCAAAUUCCUCAUCUGGAGACACUGGUUCAAAACACGGUUCAAGCUCUGGUGUCUACACGGUUUAUGAUCCAAUAUCCCGACGGAUGGUAACGAGAAAAGGAACUAAACCCUACGUCGUUGAGCAGGAAACGGAAUCCACAGCUCCCUCGAAUCCGGUUGACGAAGUUGAUUCGACGGGGAGGAUUUAUGGUAAUGUUCGGGAGCCUAGUAGGUCCAAGCAGGGUUUUAGUUCGGGAAAUGUGUCAGGGUAUAGGAAAAAGGGGAAGAACAAGAUUGUUUAUGUGUGUUCGGACUGUGGGUUUUCUGAUGGCCAGUGGUGGGGACAUUGCAGAGAGUGUAGGAACGUUGGCACCAUGAAGAUGUUUUCAGUGAACGAAGGUAUUGAGGGAAAAGUUAAUGGGUCUCAAGUUUCCGAGAAUCUGAUACGCUCGUGGCUUCCACAGUCAUCCGCGGAGCCUGUUCCUUUGAGGCUGACAGAAGUGAAUCGGAGAAUCAACCACGCCGAUUGGCGUAUUCCCCUGCCUGGAACUUUUGGAGCUGAAGUUGCUAGAGUUCUUGGGGGUGGUGUUGUUCCUGGUUCCUUAGUUUUGGUUGGUGGAGAUCCCGGAGUUGGCAAGAGUACAUUGUUAUUGCAGUUGGCAUCAAUGAUCGCAGAAGGGUGUGGUAAUGGACAAUCAGCACCAGUUAUCUAUGUAUCUGGGGAAGAGAGUGUGGAACAAAUUUCUGACAGAGCGGACAGAAUGAACAUUGGCACACAAGAUCUUUUUCUAUAUUCAAGUACAGAGAUUGAGGAUAUACUGGAGAAAAUUACACCACUCUCGCCCCGAGCUUUGAUUGUGGAUUCCAUCCAAACAGUUUAUUUGAAAGGUGUAACAGGAAGCGCUGGUGGUCUCAUUCAGGUGAAGGAAUGCACUUCAGCUUUGCUCCGUUUUGCUAAGAAGACAAGCAUUCCUGUCCUAUUGAUUGGACAUGUGACUAAAUCUGGAGACAUAGCAGGACCUCGUGUUUUGGAGCAUAUCGUUGACACCGUUUUAUAUAUGGAAGGAGAGAAGUGUUCAUCUCAUCGUCUACUUCGAACAGUGAAGAAUCGCUUUGGAUCUACAGACGAGCUUGGAGUUUUUGAAAUGUCGCAAGUUGGAUUGCAAGCCGUUCCAAAUCCAAGCGAGAUAUUCUUAACAGAGCAGGAUUCAAAUUCAGAAUUUUUAGCUGGGCUAGCUGUUGCUGUAAUUAUGGAUGGCUCUCGUUCUUUUCUUAUAGAGAUUCAGGCAUUAUGUAUAGCCAGUUCAAUAAGUGCAAGGCAGGUAAAUGGGGUGACAUCAAGCAGAGCAGACAUGAUUAUUUCAGUUUUGGUGAAGCAAGCAGGCUUAAAGCUCCAACAGAAUGCUGUCUUCAUAAAUGUUGUUAGUGGGUUGACAUUGUCUGAGACAGCUGGGGAUCUCGCUAUAGCAGCAGCAAUUUGUAGCAGUUUCAUGGAGUCCCCCAUUCCCAAUAAUGUAGCCUUCAUUGGAGAAAUUGGACUAGGUGGUGAGCUUCGCUCAGUACCGAGAAUGGAUAAAAGGCUAAACACAUUAGGGAAGCUGGGAUACAAGAAAUGUGUAGUUCCAAAAUCGAGUGAGGGAAUGCUUGUUGGUCUUGAUAUUGAGCAAGAAAUGGAGAUUGUGGGCUGCAGAAACCUGAAAGAGAUGAUCAAUACAAUUUUCACAUGAAUGUAAUCAUUAGUCCAGGUUAGAUACUACUUUUGUCAUUUUGUUGUCAAAUAUCUGUAUUUUUUUUUAUGCAGUACAGUAUUUAUUGUGACUAUCGCAACACUGUUGAUAUCGUCACACUUAAACCGGGUUUUUCAGUUAAAAGGGUGGUUGUAUUUCUUGU